UUGCUAAUAAGAAGAUAAUUUCCCAGCUCAUCAUCAGUUUGUUAUUGCGCAUCCAGAUACGGCUGCUGCUGCUCAAGCUGAAGCGACCUGAGUAGCAUGCUUCUUAAUCUUCGCCACCAACGCGUCCCUGUCGGCACCCAGAACCCUGUCCACGAUCUUGCCUUCCUUGAAGAAGAGAAAGGUUGGCAUGGCUUCCACAUCAAGCUCCACAGCAACACUCUGUCAAAACACAGGGAAAAUCAC